GCACCAAUGUACAUUAGAGAGGAUAGAGAGGAGGAGACGGAUGCCACAGAAAUGCUAGGACCUAUACUUCACUUCGCCACUUCAUGGUUAUUAAAGUUGAAGACGGACAGCAGCAGUUUUGUUCAGCAGCAUGGCGUCGCCUCUAACUGACCUGGAGAAGCGUAAACAGAUCAGUAUCAGGGGAAUAGUCGGUGUCGAGAACGUCGCCGAGUUGAAGAAAGGUUUUAACCGACAUCUCCACUUCACUUUGGUCAAAGACCGGAACGUAGCGACGCCGCGGGAUUAUUACUUCGCCCUCGCGCACACGGUUCGAGAUCACCUGGUGGGAAGAUGGAUCAGAACGCAACAGUUUUACUAUGAGACCGAUCCCAAGCGGGUGUACUACCUCUCCCUGGAGUUCUACAUGGGCAGAACCCUCCAGAACACCAUGAUUAACCUGGGGCUGCAGAACGCCUGUGACGAGGCCAUCUACCAGCUGGGUUUGGACAUGGAGGAUCUGGAGGAGAUGGAGGAGGAUGCAGGGCUGGGGAACGGAGGCCUAGGCAGACUGGCAGCAUGUUUCCUGGACUCGAUGGCCACCCUGGGUCUGGCAGCGUACGGUUACGGCAUCCGUUAUGAAUAUGGGAUCUUCAAUCAGAAGAUCAAGGAAGGUUGGCAGGUGGAAGAGGCAGAUGAUUGGCUGCGUCAUGGUAACCCCUGGGAGAAGGCCCGCCCUGAGUACAUGCUACCUGUGCACUUCUACGGCAGAGUGGAGGAGUCUAAGGAAGGGGCCAGAUGGGUGGAUACGCAGGUGGUCCUGGCCAUGCCCUAUGACACGCCCAUCCCUGGAUAUAUGAACAACACAGUCAACACCAUGAGGCUGUGGUCAGCCAGAGCUCCCAACGACUUCAACCUGAAGGACUUCAAUGUUGGAGAUUACAUCCAAGCUGUUCUGGACAGGAAUCUGGCGGAGAAUAUUUCUCGUGUCCUCUACCCCAACGAUAACUUCUUUGAGGGGAAGGAGCUACGCCUGAAGCAGGAGUACUUUGUGGUGGCGGCCACACUUCAGGACAUCAUCCGACGCUUCAAGAUAUCCAAGAAGGGCUCCACCGGUCCAGUGUCUUUCGACAGCUUCCCAGAGAAGGUGGCCAUCCAGUUGAAUGACACUCAUCCUGCGAUGGCCAUCCCAGAGCUCAUGAGGGUCUUUGUGGACGUCGAGAAACUCGACUGGGACACGGCGUGGGCCAUCACCAAGCGGACCUUUGCGUACACCAAUCACACGGUGCUUCCCGAGGCUCUGGAGCGCUGGCCCGUUGGCCUGCUGGAGACCCUGCUGCCCAGACACCUCCAGAUCAUCUACAGGAUCAAUCAGGGACACCUGGACGGGAUUAGAGCUCUCUUUCCAGGAGACCUGGAAAGGAUACGCAGGAUGUCUCUGAUCGAGGAAGACGGGGGCAAGAGGGUCAACAUGGCCCACCUGUGCAUCGUGGGAUCUCACGCCGUCAACGGAGUCGCAGAGAUACACUCCAACAUCAUCAAGAAUGACGUGUUCCGAGACUUCAGCGAAUUAGAACCGGAUAAAUUCCAGAACAAGACCAAUGGCAUCACUCCUAGGCGCUGGCUCCUCCUCUGUAACCCGGGAUUGGCUGAGCUUAUCGCUGAGGCCAUUGGGGAGGAAUAUGUGAAAGACCUCAGUCAGUUACAGAAGCUCAAUGAGCUGGUCAAUGAUGAUGCCUUCAUUAGAGAUGUGUCUAAAGUCAAGCAGGACAACAAGGUGAAGUUUUCACAGUACCUGGAGAAAGAGUACAAGGUGAACAUCAACCUGUCCUCCAUGUUUGACGUCCACGUCAAGAGGAUUCACGAGUACAAGCGCCAGCUCCUCAACUGCCUUCACAUUAUCACCAUGUACAACCGCAUCAAGAAGAACCCAAAAGCACUUUUUGUUCCCCGGACUGUGAUCAUUGGUGGCAAGGCUGCCCCAGGGUAUCACAUGGCCAAGAAGAUCAUCAAGCUGAUCACGGCCGUCGGACAUGUGGUCAACAAAGACCCAGUGGUGGGAAGCAAACUGAAGGUCAUCUACCUGGAGAACUACAGAGUCUCCCUGGCUGAGAAAGUCAUCCCAGCCACAGACCUGUCUGAGCAGAUCUCCACAGCUGGCACGGAGGCGUCUGGCACUGGCAACAUGAAGUUCAUGCUGAACGGAGCGCUCACCAUCGGCACCAUGGACGGAGCCAACGUAGAGAUGGCCGAGGAGGCUGGAGAGGAGAACAUGUUCAUCUUCGGCAUGAGGGUGGAGGACGUGGCAGAGAUGGACGUACAGGGCUACGAUGCCAUGACAUAUUACAACAACAUCCCAGAACUGAAGCAGGCCGUUGACCAGAUUCAGGGAGGAUUCUUCAGCCCCAAACAACCAGAGCUCUUCAAAGACGUCACCAACAUGCUCUUCAACCACGACCGCUUCAAGGUGUUUGCAGACUAUGAGGGUUACAUAAAGUGCCAGGAGAAAGUCAGCCAACUAUAUCAGAAUCCUAAGGAGUGGACGCAGAUGGCGAUCAAGAAUAUCGCUGCUUCCGGAAAGUUCUCUAGCGACCGCACCAUCACCGACUACGCCACGGAGGUGUGGGGGGUGGAGCCUACUGAUCUGAAGAUCCCACCCCCCAACGAGCCCCGCAAGGCCUUGGAGGAGACCGCCAGGGUGCUGACGGAGAAGUGAGGCUGCCUGGUGUGGUGUAGGGUGACAUUGCCCCUAGACGCUGAUCUUGGGUCAGUUUUUUUUCUAAUGGUUGAGGGGAAGUGGAUUCUAGAUUUGUAUCUAGGGAAACGUCACCCAGAAGCGCCUCGUGUUCUUUUUAAAGGGACAAUCUGGGAUUCAGACAACAACAAAGCAGUCACCACGCUACUUUUGGUAAACAGCUGAGGGAUAGCCACUCCCAAAUGUAUAAACGCAGCUAUGGAGGCAAGUCCAUCUGUGAGAUUGAAAUGUUUUAACCAUGUAUUGAAAUGAGUCAAAUCCCAGAUUGCCCCUUUAGCUCAAUAAACUGAGUUUUGUUUGUAAAACACCUUAACUGAUGCAAAUUAACAGUCUGCUACAUACCCUCAGAAUAAACAAACAACAGUCUGCUACAUACCCUCAGAAUCCACAAACAACAGUCUGCUACAUACCCUCAGAAUAAACAAACAGUCUGCUACAUACCUUCAGAAUAAACAAACAGUCUGCUACAUACCCUCAGAAUAAACAAACAGUCUGCUACAUACCUUCAGAAUAAACAAACAGUCUGCUACAUACCCUCAGAAUAAACAAACAGUCUGCUACAUACCUUCAGAAUAAACAAACAGUCUGCUACAUACCCUCAGAAUAAACAAACAGUCUGCUACAUACCUUCAGAAUAAACAAACAGUCUGCUACAUACCUUCAGAAUAAACAACAGUCUGCUACAUACCUUCAGAAUAAACAAACAACAGUCUGCUACAUACCCUCAGAAUCCACAAACAACAGUCUGCUACAUACCCUCAGAAUAAACAACAGUCUGCUACAUACCUUCAGAAUAAACAAACAACAGUCUGCUACAUACCCUCAGAAUAAACAACAGUCUGCUACAUACCUUCAGAAUAAACAAACAGUCUGCUACAAACCCUCAGAAUAAACAACAGUCUGCUACAUACCUUCAGAAUAAACAAACAACAGUCUGCUACAUACCCUCAGAAUCCACAAACAACAGUCUGCUACAUACCCUCAGAAUAAACAACAGUCUGCUACAUACCCUCAGAAUAAACAAACAGUCUGCUACAUACCCUCAGAAUAAACAAACAGUCUGCUACAUACCCUCAGAAUAAACAAACAGUCUGCUACAUACCUUCAGAAUAAACAAACAGUCUGCUACAUACCCUCAGAAUAAACAAACAGUCUGCUACAUACCCUCAGAAUAAACAAACAGUCUGCUACAUACCUUCAGUAUAAACAAACAGUCUGCUACAUACCCUCAGAAUAAACAAACAGUCUGCUACAUACCUUCAGAAUAAACAACAGUCUGCUACAUACCUUCAGAAUAAACAAACAGUCUGCUACAUACCUUCAGAAUAAACAAACAACAGUCUGCUACAUACCUUCAGAAUAAACAAACAGUCUGCUACAUACCUUCAGAAUAAACAACAGUCUGCUACAUACCUUCAGACUAAACAAACAGUCUGCUACAUACCUUCAGAAUAAACAACAGUCUGCUACAUACCUUCAGAAUAAAUAACAGUCUGCUACAUACCUUCAGAAUAAACAAACAGUCUGCUACAUACCUUCAGAAUAAACAACAGUCUGCUACAUACCUUCAGAAUAAACAAACAACAGUCUGCUACAUACCUUUAGAAUAAACAAACAGUCUGCUACAUACCUUCAGAAUAAACAAACAGUCUGCUACAUACCCUCAGAAUAAACAAACAGUCUGCUACAUACCUUCAGAAUCCACAAACAACAGUCUGCUACAUACCUUCAGAAUAAACAAACAACAGUCUGCUACAUACCCUCAGAAUCCACAAACAACAGUCUGCUACAUACCCUCAGAAUCCACAAACAACAGUCUGCUACAUACCUUCAGAAUAAACAAACAGUCUGCUACAUACCUUCAGAAUAAACAAACAGUCUGCUACAUACCCUCAGAAUCCACAAACAACAGUCUGCUACAUACCCUCAGAAUCCACAAACAACAGUCUGCUACAUACCCUCAGAAUAAACAAACAGUCUGCUACAUACCUUCAGAAUCCACAAACAACAGUCUGCUACAUACCUUCAGAAUAAACAAACAACAGUCUGCUACAUACCUUCAGAAUCCACAAACAACAGUCUGCUACAUACCUUCAGAAUAAACAAACAGUCUGCUACAUACCUUCAGAAUAAACAACAGUCUGCUACAUAUCUUCAGAAUAAACAAACAACAGUCUGCUACAUACCUUCAGAAUCCACAAACAACAGUCUGCUACAUAUCUUCAGAAUAAACAAACAGUCUGCUACAUAUCUUCAGAAUAAACAAACAGUCUGCUACAUACCUUCAGAAUCCACAAACAACAGUCUGCUACAUACCUUCAGAAUAAACAAACAGUCUGCUACAUAUCUUCAGAAUAAACAAACAGUCUGCUACAUACCUUCAGAAUAAACAAACAGUCUGCUACAUAUCUUCAGAAUAAACAAACAGUCUGCUACAUAUCUUCAGAAUAAACAAACAGUCUGCUACAUACCCUCAGAAUAAACAAACAGUCUGCUACAUACCCUCAGAAUAAACAACAGUCUGCUACAUACCCUCAGAAUAAACAACAGUCUGCUACAUAUCUUCAGAAUAAACAAACAGUCUGCUACAUACCUUCAGAAU